CGAAGUUGAAAACAAUACGUAAUGAAGCAGUUAUGUGUGUUGAUGACACAUUUGUUGCUUGCAGUAGUCGCAAAUAUCCUGUCAGUAUGCUGAAUCUUUUUAAUAUAAUGCACACUCGAAUAUACAUUUUACAAUGGAGCAUGAGCGUAGUGAUAAGUUUCAUUUUUAGACCUUAGUAUUUAACAAUGGAAAUGGUAGUUUCGUCGAAAGGAUAUCUAAAGGGGACUUUAUUUAAAUUCAAAUAGCUUCUUUCCGGUAAUUGACAAAUCAGCUUAGGUUAGAAUUUUAUUUAAUCGAGUACGAAAAUUGUGUUCUGAGGAAAAGAUUGGAAAGAAAUCUACUUUUUUUUAAUGAAGUCUUAAGAAUAAUGAUAAUCCACAAAUAUUUUUUAGUAAAAAUGCGAAGAUAAGAACAAAAGUAAUAGUGUGCUAAAGUGGAGAAAAUAACUUUCUUCAUAAAACUUGGCUUCAAAAGGGACGAAAUAUCUAGCAAGAUUGGUUCUAGAGUAACAGCUGCAUCAAAAAAACUUCAGUCAGUCAGUCAGUCAGUAGCAACGCAGAACUUCGCACGUAGGUACAUCAGUUCGUGUUACCAUACCACAUUAGCACAGAGAUGCAUUUGUCGAUUCAAAUCCCAUAGUGGUAGAGGUAGUAAAAGUAUAAGCAGUAAUCGGAAAGAUUAGGGCUUGAAGAUGUUAUUCAAGAAGUAUAAUACAGUGAAAUAAAUUUGGAAAGAGAAAAAGAAGGGACAUGAAGGUCUCAGAAGAUUAGAAUUUGAGAGAACAUAAAGAGUGGAUGAAUCUGCUCCAUUGCAGACAAUUUUGAGCCAUGUCAUUCAGGGUCUCUAACCAUCGGUUGCUAUCAUCUCGCGGAUCCCAACCAGGUAGUCUACACCUACCAACAUAGCUCAAUCCACUUGUCAGUGAAUUCAUGGAUUUGUGCCAUAUUGUGGUCUGGCCGCCCCUAACAUUCUUCCAACCUACUACACUAUUGAACAUCUUUUUUGGUGGAGUUUUGUUCUAUGAGCUGGAUGGUUUGGUCGUAGAGCUUUCAUCGUUCUUCUGAACGACGUCAUCAGCACAAACAUCAGAUAGAACAUCGCACGUCGAGGCAGUCGGUGAUUGGGCAUACGUAACACGUGUCCCAGCCAUCUCAACUGAUGAAGUUUCGCUACUUCAUCAAUUGAUUUGCCAUCCUUACCUAGUACCCGUUUCCUAACAACUGAGUUAUUUACUCGAUGAUCCCAGAAUAUACGAGCAAUGUUUCAAAGACAUCUAUGAUCGAAUACUAGUAACCCACGAAUAUCCUCUACUCUUACCGGCCAUGUUUCACUGCCAUAAAGUAGGACGGGACGAACUGUUGCGCAGUAAACACAUUUGAUCGGUUGACGGAUAAAUAAGGCAAGUAGUUAUGUAUACUGGUUUACAUGUACGUGUCAAAGCAUAUACAUUGGAAGAACGAAAAGCAGUGUUGAUGUCCUCAUUUCUUAGUUCAUUAUUCAGAAGUUUAGAAUAGGAGGUUAGUAUGUCUUUAACGGUUCAAUCACCCGUCAAUUACUUGAUAGUGAAUAUGACGUUGAGGUUUCAAAAUCGUUCACAAUUUUUGGUAAACAAGGAACUUUGAAUAUACUACGUUUUGUCUUAACCAUUACUAUCGAAGGGUUUAAACCAUAAUUGUGGAUUCAAAAACAUACUGUUGUCAACUUUAUUUUGUUCUGGUGACCCAUUUUCAAUGUCUAGUUUCGUAAGGACUUUUUUUUAACAAUUAAAGUUUGAUUUUUUCGAACUUGAUUAAUUUUUAUCUGAGUUUUAUUAACCAAAAUAUUAUAAUCAAUCCUUUGUGUUGUCACUAUGUAUCUUUUUAUGUAAACUCUUCUAUUAACCUAUCUUCAUGCACUUUAUAAGAGAUCGCAGAUUGAUAGAUCUUGAACAUGUACAUUAUUCGGUCCCGUUCAGUGGUCUGAAGUUUAAGUAUCUGCGUACGAUACCAGAGGUCUUGGGUUGGAUUCCCGGUUGCGAAGUGGUGGAUGUACACUACUGAUGAAUCUCACUUUACGACGAAACGACCGUUCAUUGCCUCCAGGAUUCCAACGGUUGUCUAAUUUAGGUCAAUUCGUGAUCUCAGUAGGAAAUCUAGAAUUUUCACACUAACAUAAGUAUCCAUCCGUUUGAAAAUCUUUUAUAAUUCUUCUAUAUCGAUUGCUGCUUUAUUAAUCUCUAUCAAUGAGAACAUUUUUUAUACUGUGAAGCAAAGUAUGUACACUGAUGUUUAAAGAUUAACAUUUGUGUUUAGGUUGUAAGUAACUGAUAAGAAACAAUGAAAUAAAAUGGAUUAAUACAAUUCUGCUACGUUUGUUCCCUUUGCUGUAUUCAGAAUUGUCAAUCGGAAAAGUAUUAUUCAUUAUGUAACAUUUCAUGGUAUUCAUAUCACGUCCAGCUAGAUUGUCGCUCAGGUUCAUUUCGUUUUUAGUGAGAGUUUUUCUCCUUAUCAACCGUCCUUUUAAGAAGUUUCUAGCUGAGCAAAGCUCUGUGAUAUUACAUUUCUGUCAUUUGUGUUGAGAAUUCUGUCGUUUAUAACAUACUGGCAAUAAAUAAAUACUACAGACUCAGCGUUAAUUACCCAAAAAUGAUUGUCUCUGACUAAUAAAUUACUGAUUUGUAUCAGUUAUAAGAAGAUGCAUAAAAACGAACUCAUUAUUCAGAAAAAAAUUUUAAGACGUGAUUGCAGUCAAGGUAAGAGUAAUGUAUUGUUUAGUAUAACAAAAUAUUUAUCGUUCUAUUAAUCACUGUCACUACAUGCUAAAUUAUUAUAUCAAUAAUCUACUGACCAUUAAGACAUCAGUUAUCACUUGUAUCUCUUUCUGAUUAAAAUCGAGGCAAGACAGUUCGAUUAGGUUACAAACAGUUGCUUAAUUCUCAUUCAAAUGAUCAAUAAAUGAAAAUUUCAGUUAUUUUACGAAGAUAGAGACCAAGCACGUGUUUUAUAAUAUUUCGUUGGAACUCGUUGGAUCUAUAUCGUAAAAAAGAUGGUUUAAACUCAUCUUUUGACCUAAAUUUCAUCAUCAUAUUGAUAAUAUCAGUGUUAAUUUCUCUUCAGUAUUUAAUUUUAUUUGUAUUUUGGAAAUUCUGUACUUUUCUUAUGUAUUUGCAUUUGUGAAGGUCCUUGAAGAAUUAACCAUUGUUUUGAACCGAGCAACACAUGAUACAAGUCGUUUAAUCAUGAUUUCUGGGACAGGAACUGUGUUUAGCUCCGGAAUAGACUUGACAACAAUUACGGGCGAUCUUUUAAGAAGUGCAUUUAUUGGUCCAUCUUCAUGUGAUUCAUCUCGCAGUUCAUCCUCAAGUUCAGCCAAUGUAUUCGCUUCACGUAAUUCAAAUCAUCAUAAAAUUGGAGCUGAUAAUUCAAAAUCACAUCAUUCUGAUAAUACAAAUUGUUCAUUUUCUCAAACUAACUAUGACUCAAAUUUAAAUUCAUCAUCUCACAGAAAUGCAAAUAGAGUUCAUUCAUUUUUCUGCUCACCAAAUGCUUCAAAUGUCGGACGUCUAGCAGCAGCUUUAAGGUCAUUUUUAUUGGCAUUAGUUUCAUUUCCUAAACCUGUUGUAGUUGGUGUAAAUGGUCCAGCAUUAGGACUGGCUGUUGCUAUAUUACCUUUGUGUGACAUUGUUUACAUAAGUGACUCAGCUACAUUUUAUAUGCCAUAUACUCGACUUGGUCAAAUCCCUGAAGGAGCAUCAACUUACACUUUAAACAGUCUUGUUGGUAUGCCUUUGGCAAACGAACUAUUAUUAGCAGGUCGUAAAUUGUCCGCACGUGAAGCUUUACAACGAGGUUUAGCUUCUGAUCUUUUGUUCCCCAAAAGUUUUAAACAAGAACUACUUCUCCGUUGUCGAAAAUUAGCAGAAAAUUCGUGUAUGGUGGGUAUCUUUGUACUUGUUAUUAUUUUUUCAUUUAUCUAUUCCUUGAUUUCUAGGUGUUUAAAUAUUUACUACCUUAAAAAUGAUGUUAUGAAUUUAUUUUCCCAUUUUUUUUACAUAUCACUUCAGCAACCUGAUAUAGUCUUUAUUUGAAUGUUUAUAGUUUGUUCUCAUAUUUCAUCUCAUGAGAUUUCGUAAACACGUUAUUGUGUUUUCCGAUGGUAAAUAGAUAUAUAGCAGAGACUUACUGGUUUCUCGUAUAUAUAAUAAGAGAAAAUUUUUAGAAGACGAUUGCUGACUAGAAUAUCAAGCUAUAAACGCACAGUACUUCUUAACUAUGAAGUUUAAUGGUUCUCGUUUAAAUGUCUUUUUUACGAAAACAUUACUCUCAGUCUAACGUCUCGAUAGUUCUUUUGAUUGGACCAUGGUUAGUGACGUGUCACAUCUCAUACUGCUUUAAUAUGUUUUUAACUUUCGUUAAAAAAGCGACAAUGGAAAAUCUGGAAAGCAAAUGAGUAUGUGUAGAAUGUUGUGGAAUUAUCAAGCAAUGUAGAGUUCUCACUUUUAAUACUAUCCGUUCGUAAUUAGUUAGUUAAUAUUAACCAAAACUAUUCAUUACGAAAUAUGGAUUACAGACUUUCAGUCUUUUUGAUUUUAAUAGUUGAAUUUAUGAGUCGAUCUAAGCUAGACCGCCAUUGAAAACCUAAAAGCACUGAACGGCCAUUUUAUCCUAGUAUCGGAUUCCUCAGGAGUGCGCAUCCACGAUUCCGCGUGCGGGAUCUAAGACUACUAAACUUAGAUCGAUUCAUAAAUUCAGCUAUUAAAAUUACUACGAUCACCACAAAUCCCCAUUCUGAUUUUGCUUUUAAUCUGUAAGUAUUAUCGUAAUGACUUACAGUGUUGCCAGUAAUGGAUCUUAUUUAACUCCUAAUUUUCAGCCAUUACGACAUGCUAAUCGUUAUGUUCGUUCUAGGCUGUUUGUUUUCUCAGUUUUAGAUUUGUUGUCUCUAAAGUCUUGAAAGUAGUAAUCCUCCAGAAACUCUUGAAUUUCGGGACAGAUGUCAAUUUCACGACCCUUACGUCUACUCCAAAAUAAAAAAUAUGAAUAACCUCUUUGGGAAACAAGCAAACUAAUUGUUAUAUUCGCAAAAAACUUUCAUAUCCGUCUUAUUUCAACGUACCUCACAGUUCUCUUACAUUCACUUCUGAUUCCUGUCUUAUUUAGACACGUAUUUCUAUUUGUUGUUCUGACCUGUUUAAAUAGCCUUGGUAUACCAAAUAAUUAUUUGAAGAAAGCCGUCUCUCAAUACAACGUAAUCUAUGUAUUGUAAGAUCACUCUUGACAUUCAAACCUCCUGCCUUGAUCCUUUGUACCUUGAUACAAAUUACACAACAAUAAGGUUUAGUUAAGAUUGUCUGUUCAUAAUUUCUGUUCUUGACAUACAGAUACGCACGUUUAAAAUAGGCUUCCAUUCGGAGUUAGAUGGUGGUUAGAGGUAGUCGACAGGAAACCCUGGACCCGGGUCUCGUGCUACUUGGCACUCGUUAGCAAGGUGUACCUGUAAUCUUGAGGGAACUGGUGCUCCCUGGCGGAUUCGAUCUCGUGUCACCCAGCUUCACAGUCAGAGACGUUACCACUGAGCUAUCCGAGCCGUGACUAACCUCCUGUAGGACUGAGAUGUAAUCACAAUUGAUUGAUCACUGGGUAGUGAUCAAUGUCAUGUGUGUCAAGUCCUUAUUAGUGUAGAUCGAAUGCUAUCGACCAUGUUGCAAUGCAGAUCGCAAUCUAUUUUUGACUAGGAUUAACUUACAGGUCAGUUAUCACUGGUGUGGUUUAUGAAGUCCACUUGGAAUUCAAAUCUGUGCUCGUCUACUUCAUAUUACAGUCAAUCACCGAUAUCUAGUAUUUGUUCAGGUUCUUCAAAUAAAGUAUACGCAUAAGUUGUGAUUGCACUUUGAUAUGUGCGCAUGUUUUCUUACUUUUUAAUGGUCGAUAUUCAUUAUCUUAACAGAAAUAGCGUGAAUAAAUUAUCUGCAUCUACUGUUGCAACCAAUUAUCAAGCUAUGUUAAGUUUAAUUAGAGGUACCAGUCUACCAAAAGAUCUAGACAUCCAUAGGCUGUUAGUACGUGACCCUAUAAAAGUACUGAAUUUAUCUCCUUGCGAUUUCAUGAUCUAACCAUUGAUUGAUUUUGAAAACAUGCAAGUGAAGCAGCAUUCAUAAGCCGAUUUUCAGUAACAACAUAUCACCUCGAAACACGUUAGCGGCUUCUAUACCCCUAACGCCUGUUGUUCAUGUUUAGGCGUGAUAAAACAUAUCUAGAAAAAGCAGUUUAUAACAUGGCCUGGCAAAACAAAGGAUAGUUUUUUUUGCUUUUAAUAAAUAGUAAUAUAUAUAUUAAGGUAAUUAAGUUUGAUUGUAUUUUUGUUUGAUCUUUGUCUUACAAUUUUUCCGAUUUGUAUAUUUGAACGGUGAAAGAACAAUGCUCGUAGCUACGAUCUUUUAGUGUUUUAAUUCUAAUAUUUAUUGUUUUUUUUCUCUCAUUUUCUGAAGAGACUAUCAAAUGUUUUGUGUCGGUUCACUUGUGGUUUUUUGCGCUGUGAACGAAAAAUGGAUGAAUUCAUGAUCUAGUAAUUUCUAGAAGUUUAGUGAUAAUUAGUUGAAAUCAUCGUACUACACUUUUACAUGAUUGUGUAUUCUAUCAGUGAAACAUGUUUUGUGAAAUUUCCCAAACAAGGUUUCAUGAGAUAUAAUUUGGAUUGUUAAAAGAACUUCAUGAAACACUAGGAUAAUGUAGCGGACUAAUUAUUGCUCACGAAAUUAGAUUUCCGUUUUCGAAGCUCUCCGGUAAAAUUAUUUCAAUAAACAACAGAAGAAGCUACAGUAAAAAAAGAAUAAAUUUAUGUGAGAAAUAUGAGACGGAAAGUAAAUAUGAUCAGGUAUCAUAUGAAAUUUAAACAAUUGGAGGAAAUGAGCUUUAUUGAUGACUCAUUCACCAUUGAGGUUAAACAUCUAGUUUUGCUUUGCUAAGAACUGUUAAAAAUGUUUUGUGUUCACCUUAAUCUUAUUAUAAACUUAAUUUAAUAGUGAUUUCUUUAUGUAAAAAUUGAAGUGGUCGAUUUUCUCUCCUUAUCAAAUUUUAGUCAUUGGAAAUCACUAAAUGUAUGAUGAAAAUGCAACAUCGUGAACGUAUUGAAUAUGUGAUUAACGCCGAAUGUAAAAAACUAUUAGAAUGUUGGCAAACUGCAGAAUUUCGUUGUACAGCUAUGGAGUUCAUUUUAAAUGAAAUGGAUGAUUUUGUGUAAAUAUACUGUCUUGUUCUACUUUUCCGUAUUCAAUUAUCUCAUAUAUAACACGAUAAAUUGUUAUUGUUACUAAAACAAUUAUUGUCAUCGUCAUAACUUAUUAUUCUAUGUUAAUAUAACGUUCUAUACAAUAAAGUUUAUGCAAUCAUACACACUAGUGUUAUUCCCGUGUAUGACAUUCCAUAUUCUUUCGUUUUUAUAUAAUCAUACAUAACAUGUAUCAGUUUUAUAUAAUCAUUAUUAUAAUAGAACCAUAUCUGUAUAUUUUUGUUUGGUCUUUCACAUUUUCUGCUUUUACGUUCUACUUCGUUUUCGAAACAGUAGUUCGCUUUUAAAACUAUCAUCCUGUUCACCCAUACUUCCUGUUUAUCUUGCCAUUCUAUCCCUUUUAAAUCAUUGAUGAUUUUAAUGACUGUAAAAUUUACAUUUCUCUUCGUGUAUGUGUCUGGACGUGUACAUAUUUGUGUACUUUAUCUUCCACUAAUGUCGUUGAAAUGCAUGUUCAUAUAUAUAUAGUGCCUAGUCUAUUACUAAUAAUUUUUAUCUUCUCUCCGGUAGCUACUGUCAUAGUUGACAGUUUUAUCAUUUCCGUCUGGCUAUUUUUCUUCACCAAUCUAUCUUAUUUCAUUUCUGAAUGUCAACCUGUACUCAUUAUUACUAUUAUUAAAAUUGCUGUUACUCUUUUAAUCAAUCAAUGUUCUACAAUCUCUACACCUUUUUGACAAUCCAUUCAUUAUUUAAUGUUAAACACAAAGAAGCAGCUCAUGUUUUUUUUUCGUAUCUGUGUAUAUUUUGUUUAUUUGCAUGUGAUACGAGAAAAAUAUACUGUAGUUUACUUCCUUCCAAUAUUCCUUUUUUUGUAAAAGAAAACUGUAUUUUUUAAAAGAGAAGUGUUCAUCCAGUUUGUCAUAACUUUCCGUUCCAAUUCUGAAUUUUCAGGAUUUCAGUGUUUUUUUACAUUGUAGAAUAAUAGGUUAGUUGGAUGGGUAAAAUCAAUUUUCUGGCAUUUUAUCGGUUAUCAUAGUUGUUACUGUUGGUCUUAACGAGGACUUUCCUGUAAAAAAAAGUUUCUACCGUACCUGUAAAGGGUUGUUUUUUAUCGUUGUUUCUUUUCAUUUAUCGUGAUUGAUUUAUUCAAACAAAUAAACUGCUAAUCGUCAUAGUGAUGUAGAUCAAUGAUUAAUAAUACCUUGGCAAUUAUAGGAAUACUUCUUUAAGAUUGUAUUUAAUGUAUGUUGAUUUCAAUGUGAAUGGAAUAAUUUUAUACUGAAGCUGCUGAUGGGAUUUUAAUGGGUAAACAAGCCGAUGAUUACUUACUUAUGCCUUCUACCCCUCUUGGGACAUAAGUAACUAACCAGGAAUCUCCAAGCAACUCUAUUCUGGACUCUCCUCCCAUGUUGUCGAGAGGUAUUUACGGUCUUUUUAUCUGCCUCCAAAUUCCACCUUCAUGUUUCCUUUGAUUUGCCUCUUUUCAACCUUAAGGACGACUACGUUAUCCAUAUCAUCCAGCAACACUUAAGGUGUCUACUGUAUUGCGUGCUUCUCUUAAGCUAUGGAAGUCUUCAUAAUCUAAUCAAAAACCUGAAGAAAGAGGAGAGGCGGAAGUGGGAAGUGUUGUUUGACACCAGUCUUCACUUGGAAUUCAUCUGUGAGGUGCCUCCAUACAUGACUUUGUAAUAAAGUCCGUCAUAGGAGCUCCGUAUGAUGGUGAUGAUGUUCUCGGGCACUCUAUAGUUUCAAGUAAGAUUCCACAAGUCUUUCCAGUUUGAACUGUCGCAUGCUAUUUCACAAUUAUGGUAGUUGUUGUAUGGCGAUAAAUUUCAUUUGGCUGAUUGCUCAGCAACGAUGUCCUGUGUCGCAAUUUGGUCGGUACAUGAUAUAUCCUCACGAAAUCCGAUUUGUUGAUUUGAGAGUAUGGUGUCUACUGAAACUUUCGUUUGGUCCAGUAACACUCUGUUGAUAACUUUGCCUGGAACUGACAGUAGUAUGAUGUCACUUACUAAGAUCUCCUUUCUUCAAUGUUUUGAUAGGGUAUCCCUCUUGAACUUGUCCUCCCGUUCAGAGCUUCCUGAAGAGAAUAUGUUGCAGUUGCCUCUAUACCUGACUUCAGUGCUUCCACCGCUAUGCUUUCUGGUCCCUCUACUUUGGCAUUCUUGAUUUGUCUGAUGGCAUUGAUGUUUUUUAUUUCUGGCACAGUAACAUUUGUAGGGAGGUCUUUGUGUUAUCGGUUGAACGGGACUGGUCUAUUCAGGAACUCUUCAAAGUGCUCUACUAGUCUGAUCUGCUUCUCUCUAACCUCAGUGACUGAUUUUUCUUGUUUGUUCCUGACUGUUUGCUCUGGUCUACUACAUUUCCUCACUAGCUUCUUGAUUGUAUCAUUUGGUUGCUUGACAUGUCCCUUCCUUCCAGUUUGUUUUAUUGUAGUUGCUAGGUCUUUUACAUAUUUCAACUUGGUGCUUUUCUUCACUCGCAUGUUUGCUUCUGUGCCUUGGCUUUCUCCAGUCAUGUUCGAUUGUUGCCUUGUUGACCUACAUUUCCUUAAUCUUCUCCAAAAUGUGUGCAGAGAUCCGUUGUUUAUCCUGGUGCUAAUUGAGAUCUGGGAUGUUGAAUCUACUGUUUUUAAUUUCUUUCUUGUUGUUCUCCAUAACGCUUUCCUCAAUGGAAAUAAUCUUGUAAGGUGUUACGAUGUUCAGAAAAAUAUACCAAUAAUUAUCAUGUUAAGUCUGAUGGUGGCCUUGGACUUCAAAUGUACACUCCCUAUUGGUCGAUAUUUAUUUCACUUGUUAAAUAUUGUACAAAUGUUGUUUUCUAUUUUAUGGUACUAUGUGGUCUGGUUGAUUGGUUUAUAAAUAGAGUAUGUCUGAAAUAUAAUGAUUCAUAUCUCAGAGGCUGUGACUUGCGUUCUGUACUCAACUGGCUGGGAUAGACAGCGCAGCAGGGCCAAUCGGGACUCUUGGUCGUUCAUUACGUGUUUACGUGUCACUGAGUCGAUCAAUAAGACGCUGCGCAUCUAACCUGUAGUCCACACGUUACAACAAUUGGCGACGGGGUAGAAAAAAUUUUGAACCCUCUAAUUGGACGAGAUUCAGCUUAUCAGAAUCUAUACUCACACACGUUUCAACAUAAGGCUCGCAACAAAUUGCUGAGGUCUAUUUUCAACUCUUGGAUCUUGCUAGCGUCUUGAAUAAACGCUGAUUUAGGUUUUUUCGGUUGUACUUGUCUAAAU